ACGCGCCAGUGAUGCUACUUCUACAUGCAGCUGGUGGUGGAAACGACUCCCACCACCACAACCAGAGCUAACAAGACGACCAAUGAGUUUACAACCGGAGGGUAGCAGUGACCAGUGUGCAUUCUGUGUACCUUCAUGUUCCAGUUCACCAGUGUACGUGUCUACUGUCUACCUGUAGCCGGCGUUUCUUUCGCUUAUACGGAUCAUUUAAUUGUAUUCGCACCAUUUGUUUGACGGACAAUUUUUUCGUUUUCUCGAUUGGGCUGCAUUUAUAAAAAUACCAUGAGGGUGACAGCUGUUGCACUGAUGAUAUCAAUCAUCGCCUUCUUCGCGAUUACCGGGGAAACAGUUAACUUAAAAACCGAGAAGGAUAUGGCAGAAACCCCCGAAGGUUGCCCGUAUGUAGAGGAUGAUGAGUAUACAGUAACUGUAAAGGGUUCAGUUUCGUCGUUGAAGGGUGGUUGUGCUUACAUACACUACAAUGCUAGUGACAAACUACCACAAACAUAUAGCUUGUGGUUCGGAAAUUCACACCAUGAUCGCCCACAUUGCAGCAAUAAUGGUAUAAUAUAUUUUAAUUUCCACUGUAUUUCAAAUUCACCUUCGCCAUCAGCAGACAUCAGUAAGGGACGUAUGUAUAUAAACAAAGUAUGGCUAUUUGACGAAAAUAACAAGACUGAAGAUCGCAGAUGUGCCUUUUAUGAAAAGAUCAAGUAUAGCGAUACGACACUCAGAAUGGCGAUUAGCAAGACCGUUUCAUGCGACGGCUUGGCAGACCUACUGUACGACCCGAAUAUGAGUCCUCGGGACACCAAGGGCUCUCUGUUGAUGAUAUUUAACAGCACCAGACCCUACUCUCUCACAGCUACUAAGCGAAUACAGUCAACAUCCACAUGGUACCAGAAUAGAUGGUCCAUCCUUCAGAAUUUGACUAAUCUACAAAACCCAUUUUGGAGGACCGAGGAGACAACAGAAGGAGGUACAAGCAGCAGAAGACUACGACGACAUGUGAUUCAAAUGAGUGCUGAAGAUGGCAAAAAUAGUGCAGCCAUGGACCUCAGCAGUUAUGAUAACUUGAAGCCAGAUGUGAAUGAUAACGAUGUAAGCAAUGCCACAGUUAAGGAUACAGAUUUGUUACAUCGACCACUAGAAAUCAACAACAAGCAGUUAAGAGGCCCUGAGUCGAGCGUUAUGCCAUCACCUAAAACAGUGUUGGCAGGUGCAAAUCCUUUUGCUUUAUUGCUUGCCAAUCGUGUGCACAAUAAUAAGACUGGUUCUAUAAAACCAAUCGGCAUAUGGGACCAAUUUUUAAAAUUAUUUAAUAACUAAUUAUAUCAUUCCAAUUAUUUUAUAACUAAUUAUAUCAUUCCAACUAUUUAAAAACUAAUUAUAUCAUUCCAACUAUUUAAAAACUUAUUAUAUCAUUCCAAGUAUCCAAUGCAAAUCUUUAUAUUAAUUUAUUUUAUGUAUCAAUAACAUUUUUCUAAAUUCAACAAUAAAAACUCUCGGAAAAAACAAA